AGUUCUCACCUACUGAUCUAACAAGUUCCUGUAAGUUUCUCCUUUCAGCCACGCUUUGCCAUGUCUAAAUCGAUUCAUAUCGGCCCAUAAUGCGGAAAUCCAUCAUGGGCCAUGUGUCUGGAAUGAAACACCGAUGAGUUUUUUAAAUCAUGGCCACUACGGAGUUCACGAAGCCUGGGAGACAAUGCACUAAGACGAGCCCGGACCCAAAACACUGUGAGCCAUGGAAACGGCACAUCAUCCGGCAGCUGAAAUAUCGCGAUAAGGCGCAGAAGAUCGUCUUCCAAGAUGUGAUACGAUCAUACGUCAACCUGCUCGAGCGCUGCGCUCAACGCGCACUCAUCACACAAGGCCUCCGCUCCCCUCCCAGACCGUUUUCCUCAUCUGAGGAUUUAUCAUCCCUGAAGACAGUCACUGGUGAGCUUGCUUACAAGGUAUUGGAGCUGCAGCAAGAGAUAAAAAUCAAGGAUGCUUUUCUUGAAAGGCAACAUGCCAGGUUGCAUGAUACUCAGAACAACCUCAUGGCUGUGGAAUUAAAGAAAGCCAGGCUGAGGUCUGAUGUGAAAGAGAUGACCGAUAGCAACUUACUCCUCAAGACUAAGUAUGACACUCUUCAUGAGCGCUAUCAGCACUUGGAUGAAGAUUACAGGAAAGAGAAACUCCAUGGCUCAGAUGUCCUGGAGGACAUGAUUCACUUGAAAGAACAGGCCGCUGCUCGCAUGAACCACCGCAAUGAGAGGAGACUGAGAGCCAGGCAAGCUGGUCUUCAUAAGGAACUUGAGGUGGCUGCCAGUAAGAGUCUGAACACUGACAAAGUACCCAAAAGUGUAUCAUUACCAUCAUCACCAUUACUACGCAGGAAUAAAAGUGGAGAGGAUCUGGAAAGUAGCCAUUUACGAGCUUUCAGGUCAGCUUCGGUUACUUCUCCUCGGAUUCUUGGCUCAAUCAGAGGUCUAUUUGAAAAGAAGAGGCGAGGUAAUUCAGUUAGCAGUUUGGAAGAAGACGUCUAUACUCCUCAAGGAGUUUGCUUAGUAGCUAGAGUCCCAACCAAAGUCAUUCAUGCAGUGGAUGCUCACGAGCUUGGAAUCAAUGCGGUGAGAUUCAGCCCGAGCUCAAAUCUGCUGGCCACUGGAGGCACAGACAGGGUGAUCAAGCUGUGGGACAUCAGCUCAGGCAUGCUGCACUACAGAGGGACACUAGAUGGGAGUAAUGAGGGCAUCACCAGCAUUGAGUUUGAUCCUACGGGCAGCCGAAUUUUAGCUGGAUCAUAUGACAACUCAGCUCUUAUAUGGCGGUUGGAUGACUCUGUUCCAAAGUUUACGUUGACAGGCCAUUCUCGCAAAGUGACAGCAGCUAGGUUUAAAUGUAACCUAAGGCAGGUGGUGACUGGAAGUGGAGACAGAACUGUAAAAAUCUGGGACCUGCAACGUGCUGCCUGUAUACAGACCAUUGAGGUAUUAUCCUACUGUAGUGACGUAGUGUGCUCAGAGUAUUACAUAAUCAGUGGCCAUUUUGACAGAAAAAUACGCUUCUGGGACAGCAGGGCAGCGAGCUGCACUCAGGAGGUUCCCCUACAAGGCAGGGUGACAUCACUUGACAUCUCACCCAACCACAGAGAGUUACUAAGUUGCUCAAGAGAUGAGAGUCUACAGCUGGUGGAUCUGAGAAUGAGUAAUACCAGAAUGGCCUUCCGGGCAGAAGGUUUCAAAUGUGGAAGUGACAGCACCAAGGCUAUCUUCAGUCCAGAUGGAAGUUACCUGGCAGCUGGCUCUGCAGAUGGUGGUGUGUACAUCUGGAACAUUAGCACAGGCAACCUGGAAACACGGCUACAAGACAUGCACAGAACCUCAGUUAAUGCAGUGGCUUGGUCAAUGUCAGGCGAGUAUAUGGUGAGUGUCGAUAAGAGCCGAUGUGCCACUCUGUGGAGUGACAUCUGAAACUGGAUUUAAGUGGCCGUACUCUCUGCUGCUGAAUUACACACCAGGGUCAAUAACAUCCACACAUCCUAGUCCAACAUCUGUGGAACAGGGUGUUCUGUACACCAAAACUGUUUUUAAAAGAGCAUAGAACCAAAACACCACAAACAUGCUAAAUUUGUUUUGGUCUGGCUUUAUAAAGCAGUCAAGAUUGAUUAGAUACCUUGAUUUUUUUUCCCCCAUGAAUUAUUGACUUAAAGUAUGAAGCCAUUUAUUAGUGCUCCUUAAAUAUGUCAAACAUUCACCCAAGCAUAUCGACAAAUAUUGAAAGCCUGGUGACAAAAAGACACAGAUAGUAAGAAACUAGGUAGAUAGGUAAUGGUUGGUUGCAUUCUGAGUCAUGCUCAUAUUUCCAUUAUUAAUAUGAUCUGUUUGAGUACAUAGAAAUUAGCUAAUUAUAUUUUACAGUGUAAAAAUAGAUUUUGUACAAUAUGUCUAUUUUGUAAUGUAUAUGUUAGUAUUGUGCAGUAAAAAAAACACACCAAUGUAGACUAUGUAUGAGUACCUGAUUUGUGCUGCAGUGCUUCUUCAACCACUCUGAAGGGUUGUUCAGUUUUCCUAACCACAUGCAUUUACAUUCUCAUUUGUUUAAGAUAUCCAGUGAAGUUUUUGCAAAGGAGUGUAUAGAUUUGUUUACAUUCUAAUUUUCAACCCCGUUGUGCUGAAUGUUGUGGUUUAUAUACCGACUACUAGAUAAAUAAAUUUCUUAACAUUUUUCUUACCA